UUGGUUAGUAUAGGCGCCCCCUGUAUGGAGGUUUGAGUCCUCCAGGCGGACAGCCCGGGUUUGAACCUGACCUGUGGCUUCUUUCUCGCAUGUUGUACCCCACUCUCUCUCUUUCUCUCUCUCUCUCUCUUUCUCUCUCUCUCUCUCUUUCUCUCUCCCGUUUCUACAAUAGAGGCUCAAAAAGCCCAAAAAUAAAUCAUAAAACAAAUCAAAUGAAUCUUCUUGUCAUAGUCUGGCUGCAGGCUUACUGAUGAGCUCGGGGAAUAGAUGAUCGGACCGUUGUUGUUUUUUUUCUCUGACUUUCCUGACGACAUUUCAAUCAUGUAUUCAUUCAUGUCAUUUAAAAAUGUAAAAAACACGAUUUCCAAUACAAUGUCUUUGUCCUGACAGAUAAACACUUACAUGUGUUCACGUCUGCUCCGGAGAGUUCUUCUUGGCCAAAAAGAAAUCACAGUCAGGAAAACGUUGGUGAAUGUCUGUCUUCUUGAAAACGUUGCGGUUUUUAAUCAGUCGUUUCUUCCUCACAAAGCCUGGUAAAUGAGACAUGCUGUCUUUAUUUCAGUAUCUGUUUUAUUUAUAUUAUUAUAUGAUGCUUGAAAUAAAGAUUCUGACUGUUGAAAAAGCAGUUUAGCACUUAUCUGUGUCAAAGAAACAGCUUUAAAAAUCUGUUCACUCUAGUUUCAAGUGCAAAGCUUUUUAGAACAUUUAAAAAAAAAAAAAAAUGGAAAGUCAUCUUAACAAUAGUAAAAUGCUCCAACAGAGAAAACUGCCUUUUAAGAAGAAAUGUGGUGUGUUUGUUCGGAUUUAAAUUUCACUUUUUGCAGCGUAUAUCCCCUCCUCCUCACUCUCUCCUCCCUCCAUCCCUCCCCUCCUCUCAGUGUAUAAACCUUACAUCCCUCCUGCAGCCUCAGAUUAAACUAAAUCAUUCAUGUCACUGUUGUAGUACAUCAAACAACAAAUAUAACGCCAAAAUAAAAAUAAACUGCUACCCCCCCCCCUCCUCUACAAGGCCCUGCAGAGGCACAAAAUGAAUGUAGGGGGAAGAAGGGGAGGGGGGAGUCGGGGUUGGGGGGAUGUAUAUUUUACUGUAUCUCAUUAUUCAGCCAUUAGCUCUGUUCUUUCUAGGGAAAUGCUACGCUUAAAGAAAAUAUCCUCCCUACAGCUCGGCUAUAAAUUAAAUUAAGCCGUUUGCAUCAGCUCUGUGAUUUUCUGCAGAAAGCAUUCAACGUGCGCCGUAAUUGUUUCCGUCCUUAAUUGUUUCUUAAAUAAAAACCAAAUUAUUUUUGGUGGAGGAAAGUAUUCCAACCCGGCAAUAAUGCCUUGCUUUUCAUCCGAACCAUCAGAGAGUAAGAUGUAUGAGGGCUUAAAAGAAACUGAAAAUCCUACAGCAGCUGGUUUUGAAUGCAAAUGCAGGAGUAACACGGCUAAAUGGAUUUUACAGGAGGAAUAAUGUGUUUAGGGAUGUUUUUGACUCUUUUUUUCUCUUUUGCAUAAAAAUCUGCAAAAAAAAAAAAAAAAAACAGAUUCCACUGAGCGUUGUGAUUUCUUUGAGUUUUCUGCUUCAGCUGCAGUAAAGACGGCUCUUCCCAUUAUGAGCUGGCUAUUAGCGACUAGUCUGUCCUGAACCUCUUUGGAAAGGGUUAAUGGCAUGGAUCAGCUGCUCUCCCACUGUUGUGUGUGUGUGUGUGUGUGUGUGUGUGUGUGUGUGUGUGUGUGUGUGUGUGUGUGUGUGUGAGCAUGCACAUGCUCUCUCAUGCUUGCCCAUUUGAUGUUAGAAUACCCCUGAGAAUUCCCUCCCUCCUUCCCCUCCCUCCUCCUCUUCCUCCUCCUCCUCCUCCCUAUCCCAGCCACACCUCUUCCCUCCAAUCCCUCCUCCGCUAUCCCUCCUAGCCCCCUCUUCUCCCCUCCAAUCACUCCCUUCUCUUUCCUCAAGGACCUCCCAAGCCUCCUUUAGCCCUGCCUCCUCCUUCCUCCUCCAUCCAUCCAUCCCUCCUCCUCCUUCCGUACCCCUUCGCGUGCCUCUGCUUCCCCACCUCUUUCUCAAAGUAAACAGAGGAGAGAGCGACAGAGGCAGAAGCAUCACUUUGCCUGUCUGCACACAUUAGAUUCCCACACACACUCUUUCUCACGCACACACACACGCACAGUCCGUCUGAUGCUUCUCAGAGUGUGUGUGUGAGCAGCCGCAGCAGUGUGUGUGUGUGUGGGUGUGUGUGUGUGUGUAAAGCGUGUGUACGCGCGGGCAUCCCUCGUCCCUCCUGCAUCCUCUGAAGUAGUAACUCUGAGUGCUCGCCGCGGCCGCUGGUAGAAGUAAAGGAAAGAAGAGAAGAAGAAGAAGUAAAGGCAGAGAGAGAGAGAGAGAGGUUGAGAGAGGUGAGAGGAUAGACAGAGCGGAGCUUUGAGAAGAAAAAAAAAAAAAAGGUGUAGGUGAGUCUCUAUGAGUAAGGUGUCCCGUCUCCACAUGCUGUGCUCUAUGGCAAACUCCGGCUGUAUGCUACUGUCCGGCUCCGGGAUGUUACCCCACUCUCUGCAGUGCCCCCCUGCCUUCCUCUAUCUGCCCCAGGGCAACCAAGAGGCCCCAGCUCCCCCUGAAGCCAUGGCCCAGCCCUUCCCACCGGCCCAGUACCCUCCUCCCCCACAGAACGGGAUCCCAGCCGAGUACGCCACGCCCCACGCCCACCCGCCGACCGACUACACAGGACCAAGCACGGUGGCCGAGCACGCCCUGACGCUGUACACGCAGACGCACACGCAGAACGAACAACCGGGAAACGACAGCAACACCCCGGCCCUCACGGCCAACACAGUCACGCAGGCAGAGGAGGUUGUACAGACGGAGGGCUCCCAGCAGCUCCACCUGCAGCCCAGCGAUUCGUCGGAGAAGCAGCAGCCCAAGAGGUUACACGUCUCCAACAUCCCCUUCCGCUUCCGAGACCCUGACCUCCGGCAAAUGUUCGGGCAAUUCGGCAAGAUUUUAGACGUGGAGAUUAUUUUUAACGAGCGAGGCUCCAAGGGUUUUGGGUUUGUAACAUUUGAAACGAGCGCAGAUGCCGACCGUGCGCGGGAGAAACUAAAUGGUACAAUCGUAGAGGGACGCAAAAUAGAGGUCAACAAUGCCACCGCCAGAGUAAUGACCAACAAAAAGGUGGCGAACCCUUACACAAACGGCUGGAAGCUGAAUCCAGUGGUUGGAGCCGUUUACGGUCCUGAGUUUUAUGCAGUGACUGGGUUUCCAUACCCCAGUACAGGAGCAGCUGUGGCCUACAGAGGGGCCCAUUUGAGAGGGAGGGGUCGCGCCGUCUACAACACGUUCCGUGCCGCACCUCCUCCUCCACCUAUCCCUGCCUAUGGAGCUGUGGUCUACCAGGACGGAUUUUAUGGAGCAGAAAUAUAUGGAGGAUAUGCAGCUUACAGAUAUGCCCAGCCAGCCGGUACCACCGCAGCUGCAUACAGUGACAGUUAUGGCAGAGUCUAUGCAACAGCAGACCCAUAUCACCAUACGAUUGGUCCUGCAGCCACAUACAGUGUGGGCACUAUGUAAAUACACGAAAGACUAGAGGGAUGAGUACAGAUGGACAUCAACUUUAAAAAAAAAGAGAAGAACAACGUGGACACAGAAGGAUGCUUAAAAAAACAACUAUAACAACGAGCAGAUUUGUAAAGGAGCCCGGCCUUCUAUCAGGAAUGAAACAUAGGAUCUGACGAAUGGAUGGACGAUGUUUGUGGACCUGCUCUGAGUCGGGGCCUGAACCGUUGAGCCUGUAGUCCAGGGGAAGGGGAGCCUGCUGGCUCUGACCCCUGAAAAACAAGCCUUGCUGAGCGUAAGAGACCAAUUAGAGAGGUCACCAUAAAACAUUUUAUUUUUGUAAACUUUUUUAAGUUUAUGAUUUCCAAAAAGAGCAAACACUAAUGUACCUAUAUACAUAUGAUAUAUUAUAUGUGUGUAAUAUAGUAAGUAUGUAUACAAAAAAAAAAAGAAACUUGGGUAUAAAUGUUGUUUUUGCAAUUUGGAAGACGGAGGUGAGGUAUGGAGAUACCAGCUUCCCCCCGUCUUCUGAUUGCACCCCUCAACCUUUGCCCCUCUAUGGUGCAGGGGUUUUGGGGUGGGUGUGGACUUGGUGUAUGUAUGUGUGUGCAGUGUGGGAUGUUGGGGGGGAGGGCGGGGGGGAGGGGGGGUAGCCGUUCCAGCAGACAUGUCACUAUGUGAUUCUUAAGGAAACAUGGUGUAUUCUUUAGAUAGACAAAAGCUUUUUCAGCCUGUCUUCCACUAACAAACUGCAGUAGUGUAGUUGUGUUUUGUUCGUUUUGUCUGCAUUUUGUUGAUUCCAAAAAUUAAGCAUAGAAAUAUUUAAGUGUCACUACAUGGGUCUGUGCAAAUGGAGAUAAGAAAGAGGCCCAGCUGGAGCAGUAGGUCAUGUCUGCUGGAGGCCUGGUGGCCCCUGACAUCACGACCAAACAUGUCAUUGUAGUGUUGUGGUUAGAGGUGGCUGUGCUGUGUAGUAAACUGCUUUUGUACAUCGUGUUGGGUGGGGGUAAGGGUGGGUUUAACAGGCAGUCUGGGAGGGGUUGUACAAAUUAGAAACAUGGGAGCUGUCUGCUUUCGGAGCGUCGCGCGAAACUCCUUCCAUCCAUCUUCCCUCGACUUCCACCACCAGGGAGGGAGACACGGUGGGAUAGAGGGGAAAAAAAGCCCCAUGUGAAGUCUUUAAAAAGUGUCACAAAAGGUUUCCUAAGAGUCUCUUUAAAAACUUUCUAUUUAUAUGGAUCUCUACUUUAGUGACAUCCUUCUAUAUUUAAACGUUGUACUAAUUACAUGCUGUCAGGCAUGGUGGGAGAGUCCGUUGUAGCCAUUUACUAAUGUUGUAUUUAUUGUAUUACCAGUAAGAAGAAAAAAACAUUUAUAUAUGAAUAUAGAUAUAUCUAUUUGUGAUCUGCAACUCUUGGACAUAAGUUUGCCUUUGAUUUCCAACUUUCAUGCAGGAUUCAAUGCACUGUCGAUGUAUGAUGAGGUUUCUACUUGUGUGAUGUUUAAUUCCGUUGACAUUCGUUUGGUUUCCUUUCGGUUCAGCUACUGAAUGUAAAACUUUUUAGGUAGAUGUUGUUGUUUUCUAUAUACUGAAAAAAAAACAGUAUUCUGUAAAUUAUAUACAUGUGUAAAUGAUAUAGCAAAAAUGUUUCUGAUAAUAUGCUGGACUUCUUCUUCUUCUUCUUCUUCUGCUGACCCAGACAGACGGUAAUGCCAUGGCCAGAAAAAAAGGGCAAGAAAGGGGGAAUACAAUAGAAGUAAAGAUGGUGGGGGAAGCAUUUAAAGGGAACACCAGUGCCCUGCAGCCAGUGUGGGAGCCAGUUAGAGAGACAGAAAUGUGUAAUCAUUACAGGAUCAGUUGGAAUUUUUCCGCAGCCAGGCUUUUCAAAUUUGAUAAGAACAAGGAAACGGGGAGCAGCCUGUCCAUGUGUGCCAGAGAAAGACAAGAUGGAGGAGGGAAAGAUAAGAGGAUUUUUUUUUUUUUUUUUUUGAAAUAUUGAUUUUUCUUCCUCUGUCUUCUCUCUCUCUCUCUCUUUCGGUCUUUGUCCCGCACCCCCCUUGGAUCUUAGCGUUUUAACGGUGCUGUGGGUGAGUGCAAUGUGGGGGGUGAAAAAGACGAGGAGGAUGAAAAAAAGGGGGAAUACAAGGGAUUGGAUGCACUCUCCUUAUAGGCACACGAGGAGAAUGAAAUAAAGGAAACAACCAGUGGUUUAUCAAGAUAUUGACAGUACAUUCUUAAGGAAACAUGCUUUAAUUUACAUCUGUAUAUUUUUGCUAAUGUAAGCCAGUUUGGCAGAAUGAUUGUUACAUGUGUAUUUCACUCUUUUUUUAAAGAGCGCCGUCAAAAUCUUCUGUGUGAGAAUUGGCUCAAACAAGGAUCUUUUUUUAAAGAUAUUUGGCGUCUUACAAAGCUUACAAACUGUCUAGCUGCCGUCAGAGGUCAGUUUAAGUUACUCUAAUACUUAAAUACCUCUGGUAUGUUGUGUUUCCAUUAUUUUGUCCGCCUCCUGUAGAACUGAUGUGAAGUGAAUUAUAAAAGUGGGGAAAGUUGAACGUUCUUCUCCUCCUCGUCUUUUUCUCUGUCUCUCUCUUCUAUAUGUCAGUGAGGAUUUCAGUUCUCAGUUUUUUGGGGGGGUUUUUUCGGUCAAAAAGUUGUGUGAAAGAAUAUGUUGAUUCCUCCAGUGUGGCUCCAUUGGGCUCCCUCACAGAGUGCGUGUAGCACAGUGGACAAAGUGACUGGUUCAUAGAGUACCUGGCUGUGUCUCUGGAUGGACUCCUCAAAGCUUCUUCAAAGACUACACGGGUGUGUGCGGGUUCAUCUGGUGGAGUGACUGUUUUGAAAAAAAAAAAAAAAAAGAAGCCUGUCCACCACCAUCCCAAAGCAGGCGAGUGCUGAUCUGUGCAACUGGGAUAAAAUGACUCAGAAGAAAAAGAGACUGGGACUUUACAGAAAACAAACACACACACAAAAAAAAAAAAAAAAACCCUACUGAAAAACAACUAACGAUGUCAAUCUUAGCGGAGAUCCAGGUAUCCUCAGAUCUCUGCUUCUCAUUCUGAACUUUUCUGUUCUUCCUGCUGUUGGUUCAACAAUUGUGUCCUGUUUACACGUACUGUAAAUGCUGUCCAUUCAUUAGCAGUUGGAGAGAUCAAAAACAAGGGUGCGAAGCAGCUUUCAUUUUAGCGCUGGAUUUCUCUGUGGCUGAGUACUGUAACCCUGAGAAAUCUAUCCUGUUCAAGCUAGCAUGUCCUUCUCUGCCUUUAGCCCUUAGUCCCUCCAUCCUUUUCCCCCUCCAGACCCCGCCCUCCGCCCUUUAGGAAAACAUCUGCUCCACAGUGCACAUACUAUACAAACAAUCCUUGAGCUUCCUACCAAAACCUGUAUGGGUCUUCUGCAAAACUUUCCCUAUAUUUCAGUAUAAUGUGAAUACCUCAGAUGCAAGCCCUUAAGCAGCUAUUAUCCUCUGAAACCUCCUGGCAAACAGACCUCGCCACACCCCCCACUCCUCUCCAACAACCACGCCUACCUCCCCUUGCCCGCUGACCUCCACCUUUAAAAGGCCACGGUAUACUUUCUGCAGAGACACAGGUAGGUUUGCAUAAAGGACACAAAUUCUUACCAUGAGAAUUGUACAGAGCC